AUGGCAGCCGAGGGGGAUAAACUUUGGGGAGGGAGAUUCAGUGGAAGCACAGAUCCAAUUAUGGAGAUUCUCAACGCUUCCAUUACCACUGAUCGGAGACUGGCUGAAGUUGACAUCCAGGGGAGCAUGGCUUAUGCCAAAGCCUUGGAGAAGGCUGGGAUCCUGUCUAAAACUGAGCUGGAGAAGAUCCUGAGCGGCCUGGAAAAGGUAUUUCUUUCCUUCCCAAAUUGUCAUGCGUGCUGGAAUGAAUGGCUUCUUAUCUGACAGCAUCAUAGAAGACUCCCUGAUUUGCUGUAGCAGGUGACAGGGAGAGGAAGACAUAGAUCAAAAUCAGCACAACACAGGCUGAAGAAGCUCUCUUUGUGAGCUUGCCAGGAAACCCUGGAGUGUACCCACCACUCUCCUCUAUCCUGGCAGCUGCUGCUCACCUCUUUCUCUCCUCUCCCAUGCAGAGAAAUCGAUGUUAUCUUGCCCGGCUACACCCACCUGCAGAAAGCUCAGCCCAUCAGAUGGAGCCAGUUCUUGCUCAGCCAUGCUGUUGCACUGACCCGUGAUUCUGAGCGCCUGGGAGAGGCAAAGAGGAGGAUCAACGUCUUGCCUUUGGGAAGCGGUGCUCUGGCUGGAAACCCUCUGGAAAUUGAUAGAGAGCUUCUGCGUAGUGAGCUGGACUUUGCUUCCAUCAGCCUGAACAGCAUGGAUGCCGUAAGCGAGAGAGACUUUGUCGUGGAGUUCCUCUCUGUUGCCACCCUCCUCAUGAUCCACCUUAGCAAGAUGGCUGAAGAUCUCAUCAUCUACAGUACCAGCGAAUUUGGCUUUGUAACCCUCUCUGAUGCUUACAGCACUGGCAGCAGUGUGAUGCCUCAGAAGAAGAACCCCGACAGUCUGGAACUGAUCCGCAGCAAAGCUGGCCGUGUAUUCGGACGGUUGGCUGCUAUUCUCAUGGUCCUCAAAGGACUUCCCAGCACCUACAACAAGGACCUGCAGGAGGACAAGGAGGCCGUCUUCGAUGUUGUGGACACCCUGAAUGCUGUGCUCCAGGUUGCCACUGGAGUGAUUUCUACCCUCCAGAUCAACAAGGAGAACAUGGAGAAGGCUCUGAGCCCUGAGAUGCUGUCUACUGAUCUGGCUCUCUACUUGGUUCGUAAAGGAAUGCCAUUCAGACAAGCCCACACUGCCUCUGGGAAGGCCGUCCACCUCGCUGAGUCUAAGGGCACCACCAUCAACAAUCUCAGCCUGGAUGACCUGAAGAGCAUCAGCCCCCUGUUUGGCAGUGACGUCUCCCAGGUCUUCAACGUUGUCAACAGCGUGGAGCAGUACACGGCCAUGGGUGGUACCGCCAAGAGCAGCGUGACUACCCAGAUCGAGCAGCUGAGGGAGCUGCUGAAGAAGCUGAAGGAACAAGCUUAGAGUGUGGGGAGAUAUCCCGUGGAUGCAGCGUUGUGCCUAUCACACUAAUCUGGAGUUAAUAAACACUGGGGUGUAUGUAGUUCACUGAAA